AGGUUUCAGUUGUGCUUUUGAGUUGCGGAUUCGCGUUUCUGUGCAAAAAACUAAAAACAAAAUAAAAAAAAAGUUGAAUAAAAGUUUGCUCUGUACCGUUGUCGUGUUGCCUAUCCCAAGUCGUGUUUAAAUUUAAAAAAUAAGAAAAAUUACAAAAUAAAGCGAAAUUUGGUGUCAUUUCUGUGUCAGUGUGCCUUAUUGUUUCCUCUCACAAUAUAAUCCCUUUGUAUCCUAAGAUCUUCACAGAAACAUGUCAAUGGGAUUAUCUAUGUUAGCUACGGUUCUAAGUCUGCUUCUUGCUGCGGGUAUCUUAGAUGCUGCCCCUUACCAAGAAUUACAACCUAGAGCUGGAUAUGUUCCCGUUUAUAUUCGUGAAGGUGAAACCCCACUAAGUGAAAUCCAUCCUGGACUGGCAGAAGCUUUUAAAGAGCCUUCCUAUGGAAGUAACUCAGGCAUAAUCCCAGCAUCAUCUGAUGAAUCAAAUUCAAAUGGUCAAACGAUGUCUGAAGAACAAGGAGAUUCCCUACCAGAUCUACCUGACGAACCAAUUAUCAUCAACACGUCUUCUGAAGAAGAAGUUAACAAAAAGAUCGACGAUAUAAAAGAACCUAAGGUUAAUGUAGCUGAAGCAGCCAAAGAAGCUAUCAAAGAAAUAGUUAGUGUUUUUGAAUCAGAAAUGUUGGAAAAACUUGGAUUAUCUGAAAAUAAUGAACAAUCAUCAUCUAAAUCUGAAGAUAAAAGAGAAGUCCAAAAUACAAAACCAUUAGAAGAAACUAUUGGAAAUGAUGAAAGUAAAUCAUCAUCAGCAAAAGUUGCCGACAAGACAUUAGAAAAAUUAUCUGAUGUUUUGACAGUUGAAGCUUUUAAAGCUAAAGAUUUUAAUAAGGAAUCAAAUCAAGACGAUGGAAUUGAUGUUCCAGAAGAUGUACCUUUAGAUCAGUAGUAUAAGUUUGUAUAUUCAUAUAUAGAGGGUAGAAAUUAAUAUUAAUAAAUAAAAAUUAAUUUUAAAAAUAGUGGAAGUUUGAAAUACACACUACAA